AAAAAGUAUGCGAAAAUGAAGCUGAAGUUUGAACUGGGGAUUCGUGAAAACGAAAGGUUGAUCCGCGAGGAGCUCCGGAUCGAGGACUUGUCAAAGCGCAUCCAGGAACAGAAUGAUCAACUUCUCGAAGUCCUUUUGGAAUUCAACGAGAGCUUGCACGUCCCCCCAGCCUUCCGCUAUGGACUUGAAAUUCCAGGUGACCCCGACUUCUCCGUCAGCUCAGAGCCACCCAUUGCAGCAUUGGUGAACGACCCCAGCCUGGCUCGCAAGACCUGGUCAGAAGCCAAGGAGGGGCUUGCAAGCGGCAGUCUUUCACCCAAUGCCUAUCGCCAGGUAGAAGAGAGCAUUAAGCGGAACAAAGAAUUUUUGCCAACACAUCAAUACAGCGCUCUCAUCAAAGUCCCCCAUACCUCUCCCAGUGCUUCUGAUCAACUGAAAGACAAGGAUGGACUGGAUCGCAAGCUGGGAUAUUUUACUCCUGAGCACGAAACUGAGUUUUACCUAGCUUUGGAUGCCAAGCUUGGAGAUGAAGCAGCUGCAGCGCAACUUGAGCGAAUCCCUGAGCCACCAACUCUUGCGGAGCGGGAAAAAGAGGCUGUGAUGCGUAAUCCCGCAUCUGUUGUCAACUGGCUGCGACGUAAUCAACCUUCUUUGCAAGAUCAAGAAGUUGCAUCGGAGAAGUCUGCCUCGAGGCCGUCAAACCAGCGAUCCUCGAAACGUGCUCCCGCACAGCGCAAGGACGAGGAAAUGCUUGAUGAAGACGGCAUGGAUGUGGAGCCAACCCCGAAGAACAAACGCAAGCGUGAUGAGGAUACUGGGUAUCGUCCCAAGGGAGGUAACAAUCGUUCCAAGAAGAAGAAGGAAGACUCAACCCCGAAGAGCAAGAAGACCUAA